GGAUAAUCUACAGAACCAUUUCCUGAUCCUGAUAGACUUGGGGAGAGUCGGACCAACAUCUUGCCUUGGAGUCCCAUCGACUUACUCUGGCCAGCCAGUCAUCGAUGAAGAAUGGCUUCGAAAGCCCAUAUAUACCGAGGCUCAGAUUUGCCAGAAUCAUAUGCGUUCAACUAACUACAGACAUAUGAACAGAGACGUAUCCGCUCAGGAUUUCCUCCCCAAAAGGGUCUUCUCUUAGUUGACCACCUUCAUCAUGCGCGUUUCAGUAUUCCUAUACGUUCUCUUCGGCAAAGUCAACGCCGCAGCCUUGGACAUUCUUCGGCCUCGAGACGAUUCGGACUCGUGGCGAUUGUACUUCCUAGCUCUAAUAGGUAUUUGCUCUCUGUCAUGCGGUAUAUAUCGAAUAUGGAUAUAUCCCUUCUUCAUAAGUCCGCUUCGACAUCUGCCAGAACCCAAGGUAUGCAAGAGCCAGAGUUUGGGUCGCUUACCAUCUGCAUGAUAACAUUUGUUGACAGGGAGCCUAUCCAUUUAUUGGACACAUGCCGGCGAGAGUCAAGCAACCUCUUGGACAAGAACAGGCUCGGUGGCUAAGAGAAGUACCGAAUGAUGGCCUCAUUCGUGUCAGAGGCUUCUUUAACUCCGAGGCACUGUGUAUAACAACUCCACAAGCUAUUGCCGAAGUCCUGGUGACGAGGAAUUACGACUUUAUCAAGCCUCCUAGUGCAGCAGAAUUCCUCGCAAGAAUCUUAGGUGAUGGGUUGGUAGUUGUCGAAGGGGAUGUGCAUAAGUUUCAGCGCAGACACAUCCAACCAAGCUUCAGCUUUCGUCACAUCAAACAGCUCUAUCCUAUCUUCUGGCAAAAGUCACUUGAAGUGGUCGACAGAAUCAAAACAGACCUCGUCAGUGGAACAAGCUCAGGCAUUGCGGGUGUCAGCGAUCUCGCCUAUUGGGCUCCCAAGGUAACCUUGGAUAUCAUCGGGGGAGCGGCGAUGGGUCAUGACUUUCACACCAUCAACGACAAUGAUGACGAGCUUGCCCAACUAUACGAGCAGAUAAUGACUCCUUCUCGUGAGUUACAGCUCUUGUUCGUACUAAGUCUCCUAGGAAUGAAAUGGCUGCUUCGAUUUCUGCCUUGGAUCGACGUAGACAGGUGGUUAACCCAGCAAACGGACAAGCUCAGGAUCCUUUGCAGACAGUUUGUUGCCGAGAAGAAGAGAUCCAUCAAAAUCAAUGGGCAAGGAUCCGCCGAUUUGUUGUCGAAGCUAAUCGAGUCCAAUGAUUUCUCUGAUGAACAAUUGGUUGAUCAACUUCUCACGUUCCUCGCAGCUGGGCAUGAAACCACUUCUUCAACACUAGAGUGGGCGGCAUACCUGCUCGCUCGCCAUCCAGAGAUACAGACCCAGCUACGGGAGGAAAUACGUGCCAACAUUCCUCUAAACUUCACGGCUGAUACCCAGGCCUUUGACCUUGCAGGAACGUUGGAGUCAAUGCCCAUCUUGAAUGGUGUAUGUAACGAAACCUUUCGUCUGUAUUCAACAGUCCCUCAGUCUCUGCGAGUUACCAUCAGGCCAACCACCAUAUUGGGAUACCCUGUGAAGAAGGGCACAAUGAUCCUCCUGUCCCCCUACGGGAUCAACCGCUCGCCACAGCAUUGGGGUCCUGACGCAGAUGAGUUCAAGCCGUCUCGUUGGAUCGACAAAGACACUGGCAAGCCAAACAAUUCGGGAGGCGCACAAAGUAACUACUCGUUGAUGACGUUCCUACACGGUCCAAGAAGCUGCAUUGGACAGGGCUUUGCAAAGGCAGAGUUGCGUUCUUUGCUCGCCGUGCUGGUCGGAACUUUUAGUAUAGAACUCAAGGAUCCGAACUAUCGACCUUUCCGUGCAGGCUCAGUCACAACGAAGCCCUCUCAAGGCAUGCCCCUCAGACUUACCACGGUAUGAACUUGGUGGACCUAGUAUGAGUUUUCAGAGUCUGUGGUCGUGGUUAAUGUGUGUUCUUGGCAUGUUUUACGAGGGAGACAUUUCAUAUGUGUGAUCAAUCUAGGCAGCUUUUGACAAUUGGGAGCACAGUGAACCUUAUCAUAAGGAUAAGACUACUCUCAAUGACUGAAAAAGAGUUUUUUUGCCACACGGCGCGUGAGUUAAGCUUGUGAGACUGAUAGGUUGCUCCUUCAGUAUAUACUUAAAUGUAUCAAUAGUAAAG